UGUACGGAAUGCAAUCAAAUUUUCUCGAGGGAGUCGGGGAAUUUAUUGAAUUUGCACUUGAACAUCCGGCUUAUAUGAGUGGUGAUAAAAUAAGAUGUCCAUGUUCAAAGUGUAAAAAUCUCAAAUUUAAAGACCCACACGAAGUUGGGUAUGAUUUGUACGCGGUCGGUUUUGUUCCCAAUUAUUAUAAUUAGACUUCUCACGGCGAACCUUUGGAUCCAUCUGUUAUACCACAAACGGUAGGUUCGUCUCGUUACGUCCCUCCAGAGAUGAGUGCGUGGGGAGACCGUGCUGAAAUGAGGUGGGACCAACAAAUGGUAUAUGACGCAUACGGUGUACCGUCUCAAUUCAACCCCCCACAACCACCUAACGACCUCCCUGAAGCCUCAACCUCGUAUCAACCAGAUGCGGAUGAAAAUCCGACAUUUUAUCAACCUUAUGUGGAUGAAGGUUUGGCUGAGAGAUUUCAGGAUGUUCUAAAAGCUGUCGACCAACCUCUGUAUGCUGAUUGUGAGGGAUACUCUCAGCUAUCCGCUGUUACUGAGUUCAUGAACAUAAAAGCCGAAUACAGUCUCCCUGAAACUUGCAUGAAUAGAGUCUUGCAGUCAGUAGGAGGGAUGCUACCGCGAGAUCAUACCCUUCCCGAUUCAUAUUACCACAUGAAGCAGUUAAUGUUUAAGUUGGGGCUACCUUGUGUUGAAAUUGAUGCGUGCCCGGAAGGAUGUAUGUUGUUCUGGAAGGAGGAUGAGGCACUUGAGUUCUGCAAGUUCUGUGGUGGAGACAGAUACAAACUUGUUCGUCAAGGUAAAAAGAAACCACGACAUAGGUCUGCACUGUCUAAACUGUAUUACCUCCCAAUAGCUCCUCGACUGCAAAGGAUGUACGCUUCGACUGCUACUGCGAAACACAUGACAUGGCAUGUUGAGCACGAAACCAACGAGGGUAUGAUGGCUCACCUUUCGGACUGUGAAGCCUGGAGACACUUUGACCGCUGUCAUCCUCAGUUUGCUAUGGAGCCACGAAAUGUGCGGCUGGGAUUGUGCUCAGAUGGAUUUGCUCCUUUUGGCAGGUUUGGCAAGAACUAUUCAUGUUGGCCGGUCAUGUUAACACCUUACAAUCUCCCUCCCGACAUGUGCAUGAAAUGUCAUUUCAUCUUUUUGUCUUUAAUUUGUCCGGGUUCCAAGGAUCCUGGGCGAAAGAUAGACAUUUAUCUUCAACCCCUUAUUGAGGAGAUGAAAGAAUUGUGGGCCGUUGGGACACCAACUUAUGAUGUUUCAUCAGAUAAAAUGUUUAUCAUGAAAGGUGCCAUCAUUUGGACCAUUAGCGACUUCCCUGCCUAUGGCAUGCUUUCGGGAUGGAGCACACACGGUCUGAUGGGAUGUCCGAUAUGCAUGGAGAAAUCAGGUGCCAACUGGCUCAGUUACAGCAAAAAAGGAAGUUACUUUGAUUGUCACCGCAAGUUUCUCCCGGAAAGGCACCGAUAUCGAAAGGACAAGAAGUCUUUCAUUAGAGGCAGAGCGGUACGAGAGAGCCCACCCCCGAGAUUGACCGGUGAAGAAAUUUAUAACCGGGUUCGACGUUUUCCUACGGCUAUGGAAGAGCCAAACCAAGAGCCAUAUGGGUAUUGUGAUACCCAUAAGUGGACAAAGAGGAGCAUAUUCUGGGAGUUGCCUUAUUGGAAAGACCUUCUCAUCCGUCACAAUUUAUAUGUCAUGCACACCGAGAAGAACGUCUUUGACAAUAUAUUUAACACGGUGAUGGAUUUGAAAGGCAAAACUAAAGACGGUCUUGCAGCUAGGAAAGAUAUGACUAUUUGGUGUGAUAGACCCGAACUUUCUGUUGAUCUAGAAUAUCAGGGCAAGGAAGUUCCAAAAGCAGUCUACCAGGUCACAGAACCACAAAAGGCAGCAAUAUUAAAAUGGCUUGCGUCUCAGAAGUUUCCAGAUGGCUACUGCUCCAACUUGUCUAGAUGCGUAGACAUGAACAAACUUACCACGACGACGAGCAUGAAAACUCACGAUGCUCAUGUAAUAAUGCAAAGACUUCUACCAAUUGCACUAAAAGAGAUGCUCCCUGAACACGUAUGGUCCUGCAUUACUGAAAUCAGUUUGUUGUUUCAAUCGAUAUGUUCCAGCGUUUUGGAUGCGGCAUCCCUCCGGAGACUACAAGAGUCUGUUCCCAUUCUGAUGUGUAAUCUGGAAAAAAUAAUGCCACCAUCGUUUUUCGAUACAAUGGAACAUCUCAUAAUACAUCUUCCGUAUGAGUCUUUGACUGCUGGGCCCGUCUUCUAUCGGUGGAUGUACAGAUUUGAAAGGUUAGUCACAAUUUCAUUUAAAAAAAGAAUAUUUAUUUCACAAUAACUAUUAACAUGUGUAUUAUUGCAUUAUUGCAGAUUUCUAGGAGAGCUGAAAAAGAAAGUGACCAACAAGGCACACGUUGAGGCUUCAAUUUGUCAAGCGUAUCUUCAACAAGAAAUCUCAACGUUCUCGUCUUUUUACUUCGAGCGUGACGUCAUCACCAGAAGGAAGAGACCUGCCCGGAACGAUGACAUUGGCGAGGAUUUAUAUGAAAAUGUAGUUUCCAUCUUCAAUUACCCAGGCAGAGGUAAAGGUGCUGCGACACAACGAUACAUCCUGGGUGGGGAAUUGCAAAUUGCGCAUACUUAUAUCCUCAUGAAUUGUCCAGAAAUCUCACCGUUUUAUCAAUCAAUAGUCGUGGGAUUGUCGACCCUUUGUUAGUAUCAUUAGCGUGGGGCCCUGGUGCCAGUGCCAAAGUGUGGCGGCAAUAUGUGAUAAACGGUUACACAUAUCACACAGCCGAUUACGGACAUGGUCGACCAACAACGAACAACGGGUUAUGUGUCCCGACCAUCGGUUAUGAUAACUCGGAAACCAAUUUUUUUGGUGUUCUGCAGGAGAUUCUGGAACUUGAUAUGCCUUCUGGUGCGCAAAAGAUGACAUGCGUUCUGUUCCGCUGCACAUGGGUCGAUCCCACACGUGGCGUGCGCAAAAAUCCGAAGUAUAAUAUGAUUGACGUCAACCACUCUCGUGUGUACCCAAAAAAUGAGCCUUUCAUACUCGCCCAACAAGCAGCGCAGAUUUAUUAUGCAGAAUAUCCUUCAACAAGGCGGAGCCUGAAUCCUUGGGUGUGUGCAUGUCCUGUCCGUCCGAACAAAAUUAAAUCACAAACUCAACACAAGGACGUUGAUCUAGAUGCUUUUCAGCAACAAUUGUUCCAACCUCCGCCUAUUGUUGAGACAAUCAACUAUAACGUCCAAUUAAGUGAUCCCAAUGGCGGACGUGUUGAAGUCAUGCCCGAAACGCACCUUCCGGACCUAACCAUUCCAUCUGAGCGCGAAAUUGAGGAAAUGUAUGUAGCACAACAAAACGCUCAAUAUCAGGAAGAAGGUGAAUGGAUAGACGGUUCAGAUACUGAAGAAGAAACUGUAUAUGUAGAAAAUGACGAUUCUGACAGCGAGUAAUUGUGCUGUUGUAACUUCAAUUUUGUGAUAUAAUUUCUCCAAGCAGAUGUGAUAAUUUCCUUCAUCAAUAUUGUUUGUAAAAUAAUUACUCCUUAAUCUGUUCUAUAC